GUCGUUUUGGGGGCGACACCGCUUCGUCGGCCGCGGCACACAUUCGCAUAUAUUACAUACAGAUCCGUAUACUAUACGCAUUGGCAAAUAGAUGGGAAAUAUUCUUGUUAAAAGUGCUAAUAAAUUGACUGGCUGCCGCGGCAAGUGUUCCGCGUUAUGAAAUUCGGAAGGGUUCCAUGCGAGGCGUGCGAACUGCGGCCGCCUGUUUGCCAUUUGUGAUAAACCACCUAGAAAACUACUACGCUGGUAGAUAGUGCAUAACAUUCUCCUCCAUCCCCCAUUAAGAUUCCACCGAUCGAAAAAGGGAGUCGGGUGCCGGGGAUCGGCCAUCAUCCAGACCAGUCAUCGUUCGCUGGCUCGCGUCUAAAGUUCUCUCCACCAGUUUAUAAUUGUGAGCUGUCGCUUUUUAUUUACUCUCGGCUCGUUCCGCUGUUGUUUUUUGUCCCCGGAGUGUGUUGUGCCGUGCAAUUAGAUGUACAUAAAUUGGUGGGGGCACUCCGAUCUCGCUCUGGCACCCACCGGAGAGACUGAAAAUAAUAAUAACAGCCCUCGAUCACGGCGAUAAAACACAGCUUAAAACCAUCGGGCGGCACUAUAUUAACCAGUGGAGAGGCAAAAGGAGAAUUGCACUCUAAAGUUCUCUCGUUCCAUUGCGACUCGCUGAUUUCUGCCGGUUUUGGAGUUAUUGGAUCCCCCAAACUGUGAUUCUUUAGGCUUUGCAGGAAAAAUGCGUCGAAAGAAAGUGGAGUACCGUAAUAAGCAGACGCCUUCGCGGCCAUUGCCAAUGGUUGGAGGUCGGAUCGGAGCUCUUGAGGAGGACAUGCCACCAGAGGAUGAAUUGGCGUCCCAUUAUGAGGCGUUUGGUACCACUCCUCCCCGCACAAGGCUCAAAAUCAAAAGCCGUGACUGGGAACGCAAACAGAAGGUGGUCAAUGUGACGGCUUCCACAGACUUACCCGCCAGUGUGGGAGGCACCCCCAAAAAGGGCAUGACCCGAAUGGCCAGAUCCCGCGUCCUGCGGCGCAACACCAUGGACUGCGCUCUACUCAACGAGAUGUUUGUCAACGAGGAGAACAAGAGGACAGACAAGCGGUUGCAAUCACUUCUUCGUGAUUCGGAGCGCGAGAUGAAGAACUCGCUGGCCACGACAGCGGUAGCGCCACCAAGGGGCAACAGCUUCCAUGAGACUGCCCAUCCGUUGGAGUCUCUGGACCAGAUUAUGCCUCUUAACUCGGAAGCGAUGGCACCACUUCCUCUGCGAAUUGCCUCCAAGGUGGUUGAGAGCUGCAAUCGCUACCGUUGCGUUUCCUCACGCCCAAUAGGAUAUCGUUCCUCGGCGCCUCCGUUGGCCUUUGCGGCACAACUUCCUGUUGGGAUGUUGAGAACCGAUGGUAGAGCCACAGCUGGAUUGGGAAAACGCAAGGACUUCCACGAGACGUUUGCCAAUCUUAUUAAGCUAGGCAGCGUGGAUCGACAAGAUGCCAAGUUGUCGCAGGAAGAGCACACCUGGCAGACGGAGCUAAAGGAUCUCAUUUGGCUUGAGCUGCAGGCGUGGCAAGCCGAUAGAACAGUGGAGCAGCAGGACAAGUACCUUUUCGAAGCGCGACAAGGAGUUUCCGAACUUCUUACCCACAUUCUCAACUACAAGUUCCAACCGCGUUACCGCCGGGAACCGAGUCUGAUUAGCCUGGACAGCGGUAUUCAUUCCGAUAGCAACUCAAAUGCCAGCUCUCCGUUGCCCAGCAAGAUGUGCCAAGGCUGCAUGUCGCUGUACUGUAAGGAUUGCAUGGAUCAUCAGGAGUUGGCUCUGCGAGAAGUAGAGGGCAUGCUGACGCGUUUGGAAGCUGCCGAAGCACUGUAUCCUUCCUCACAAGCCAUGGGUGCCCUACAUCCAAUUUACAAAUCACAGAGCUUUGUGGGCCGCAUCAAGUCCAUGUGCUUGUGGUAUAACAUUACCAAGCAAAACAAAUUGAAGCUCAGUAUUUUGGGAAAGAUUUUGGCGAGGCUGCAAGAUGAGAAGUUCUCGUGGCCUGUCUGCACUUCAUCGUACAUCGCAUCGGAUAGCGGCAGUUCAUCUGCAUCGGGUGUGGAGAACGAUGACUCUGCUGUAAACUCAAUGGAUUCAUCCAAACCGCCCAGCGUGGCGGGAUCAGCUUCGCGUAAGAGUUGUCGUAACGGGAGUGUCACACCAUGCCACAAGGUUCAAUUCAUGCUAAACGAUGCAACUCAUGUGCCAGGAGAAACAUCGAGUAGCAAUGAGUCCACCUCCACGGAGAUCAGCCAGUUGUCCAGUGAGUGCUCGCACAGCCAUAUGCGCAAAGGAUCCAUGCACGACAUUAACAUCUUUAGCGUGGAACCACUGGGUACUUGUAGCAACAAUGGCACCGGGGAGCAGUCUACGGGACUUUAUCGCAAGUUCAUCGAAAACGUGCUCAAAAGUCGUGGGUUGGCCAAGUCACUGGCUUUUCUUCACAAACUACACAACGUAGCCCUGUACAAGGCUCACAUUGCUUUAGAGAAACCCGGAGUUGAUGACUUGGAUUUCGAAGCAGACGCGGAGGCCAUUGAGGAAGAUGUACCGAGGCUUGAUCCACAAAUAAGCCGCGAACAGGUUGUGGAGCUACGCACCUAUGGCUACUGGAGUGAGGAAGCGCAAUCAAUUAAUUUGCCCUCGUACAUUCCUACCUUCGUAUUCCUGAGCGGCAUUCCGUUACAAUUCAUGCAUGAGUUCCUGCGCAUGCGUCUCGAAACGCGACCCGUGCGACCCAAUCCCCUUAGCCUAGAGCAGUUGAUGAAAGAGCUUAGGGAGGGAUUGACGCUGGCAUUGACCCAUCGGGAACGUUACCAGCGGCACAUAACCACGGCUCUGGUGGAAAACGAAGCCGAACUGGGGAGCUAUAUUAGCAUUCUGAACCACUAUGAUGCUACUGUUCGAAAGACUUUUGAGCUGUACCUGGAGUACAUCGAUCAACUGGUGCUGGUUGCCGUGCCGGAAGGCAACCAGAAGUCCGUUCUGGAGAAGGAGUGGAUGUUUACCAAGCUUAUAAGCCCCAUGAUCAAGGGCAUGCACACGCUGGCCUCACAGAAGUUCUGCGGCAUCAUCAGCAAGCUGUUGCGCAGCAUUUCAGAGCGCCUGGUUAAGCGCACAGUGGAACUGGAUCAACAGAUUGAGGGAACUGCCGAGAGUGAUGACAAUGAAGAGGUUAAGUGGCAGCUGCUGACCAUCUGCCGUGAGACUCAGUCGCUUCUCACCGUCGAGCGAGAACGUUCUAUUAAGGUGCUAUUCUUCGCAAAGACUUUCUGUCGAGACGUGGAGACGACGGAUUUCCAUCGCGAGCACUAUGAGCACGAUGUGGCUAACCAGCAGCAUGAUUUUAUAUGCUCCGAUGUGAAGGCUGCAUUUAAGUUGCUGCAGCAAGAUGUUUUGCAGGUGCGCAACAAGUUGACGGCGAUCAUUGAAGGCGUGCAGAAACGAUGCUGUUUGAGCAACAUGAGGGAUUUGGAUGAGCAGGACAAACAGGCUGUUCUAUCUCGGACCCGCGAGAUUCUCCACCAGGGUUACAAGUUUGGGUUCGAGUACCACAAGGACGUGAUCCGGUUGUUUGAGCAGAGGAUUAUGGAUCAAAAGGAUAGCGGUGCCCAUACCGUAGAUCUGGCUCUAGGCAUCAUCGCUUACGCCAAGAUGUGGAUGCAUUUCGUAAUGGAGCGGUGCGAAAGGGGUAGAGGAAUGCGCCCUCGCUGGGCCUCCCAGGGUCUGGAGUUUUUGAUUCUUGCCUGUGAUCCCCAAAUUACACAGCACUUGGAUGAUGACGAGUUCGAGGCACUAAAGCAACAAAUGGAUCGCUGUAUCUCGCACGUAGUUGGCAUCACUUCGGAGCCCGAAAAGGUGGCCAAGAAGAAGGCAUCGCCACGUACGCGCAAGACUUCCUCGCCAGCUACUUCGCGCUCUAGGACACCCACUCGGACACCAAUGUCCGCUGGAAUGGUUCCUAAUCCAAAUACGCCGCCACUGCAGUCGCCCCCAUAUAACAAGCUAUUGCAUCCUCAGUUCAGUUUAAAGGAGGAUCUUUUGCAGCAGUCUGGAAACACGUAUAGUUCCAUAGACAGUGCAGACUACGUGGACACUCCGUGCCAAAGGAGUUCUAAUGGCGAGCUGCGCCUGUUAGUUCCUCAAACGCCUCCCACGCCCGCUUCUUCUGGAAAGGCCAGCAUAGAGAGUACGCCGCUGGCAUUGCGGCAGGAACGAGUAAGAGAUGCGGUGAACCGUUUGGAUAUGGAUCUAGAGGAUGGGCUGCGCGAACGUAGAUUAAUUGGCCAAGUUAAGUCUCUUAAUUCCAGCGACAAAGUCCACAUUAGAGCACGUAGCGUCCACUUUCGCUGGCAUCGUGGCAUUAAGAUUGGCCAGGGCCGUUUUGGCAAGGUGUACACAGCUGUUAAUAAUAACACUGGAGAGCUGAUGGCCAUGAAAGAGAUUGCUAUCCAGCCAGGUGAGACACGCGCGCUCAAGAACGUGGCUGAAGAGCUGAAGAUCCUGGAGGGAAUCAAGCACAAAAACCUGGUGCGGUACUAUGGAAUUGAGGUUCACCGCGAAGAGCUGCUUAUCUUCAUGGAGCUGUGUUCUGAGGGUACCCUGGAGUCACUGGUGGAGCUGACUGGUAAUCUGCCGGAGGCUCUGGCCCGCCGUUUCACAGCCCAGCUAUUGGCGGGCGUGUCUGAGCUUCACAAGCACGGCAUUGUUCACCGUGACAUUAAGACUGCAAAUAUCUUUCUUGUGGACGGCAGCAACAGCCUAAAACUUGGCGAUUUUGGGUCAGCGGUCAAGAUCCAGGCGCACACCACCGUCCCUGGUGAACUGCAAGGUUACGUGGGCACACAAGCUUACAUGGCACCAGAGGUGUUUACAAAGACCAACAGUGAUGGCCAUGGCAGGGCCGCCGAUAUCUGGUCGGUGGGUUGCGUGGUUGUCGAGAUGGCCUCGGGCAAGCGACCUUGGGCCCAGUUUGAUUCCAACUUCCAGAUCAUGUUCAAAGUGGGAAUGGGUGAGAAGCCACAGGCACCUGAGAGCCUCUCCCAGGAGGGACACGAUUUCAUAGAUCAUUGUCUGCAACACGAUCCCAAGGAGCGUUUAACGGCAGUAGAACUGUUAGAGCACAAUUUCUGCAAGUAUGGUCGAGACGAGUGCAGCAGUGAACAGCUGCAGAUGCAGGUGCGAGGCUCUUUCCGGCGGAACGUGGCAACCAGCAGCUAAUUGCAGCCUACUGCUUACUUACCUAAACCUCAGUUUGUUUGGCUCACCUUUACUUAUGACGCAUAUGUGAAUGGUGUGCGUUUUGUUUAGUGUCUAAUUUAUGUGUAUGUCGAUUAUUUUAAUGGCCACGCCUAGUUUUAUGUUGGACAAUAUAUUACCCCUAUAAAGUUAUCAAAAAACCAAUCGUACCGUUUCCCAAAUUAUUUUAUGCAAGAGAAUACUAGACAUAUUUAAAUAUAAUUGCAGUUGAAUUUUUAA